AUGAGGAUAGAGCAAGAAGGCACCAUCUAUGAAACAGGAAGUGGGCCCUCACCGCACACCAAAUUUGCUGAAGAGGCAAAAGCCCAGCCCAUCUUCGUAGACUGUCCCCAGCCCGGAAGCUACACAAUCGCCCCAAAGAGUCUAGCACUGCUCCGUCUGCUGCGUGAGGCAGCGCCGGCCUGGCUUCGGGGCGGAGAGCCAGGCCCCCGGCGGAGGCCAGGACGUGGCGAGGCCGCAGAAGGGGCGCACGGGCGGCUGCUGACCGACUACCCGCGGUGCUGCGCCCGGGAGCCCGGCGCCCCCGAGCUGCCGCCGUCCACGCCCGAGGCCGCCGUGCUGCGCGGCGCGGCCGCCAACCUACGGCAGCUGCUCGGGUCCUUCUCCCCCGACGCUGGCCACCAGGGGAACCGCGUGGAGCUGAUGGCGCGGAUGGUGGAGGCCGUGCUCUCCGACAGCCGUGGCCUCAGCUGGGGCCGCGUGGUGGCGCUCGUGACCUUCGCCGGGACGCUUCUGGAGAAAGGGCCGCGGGUAACCGCCAGGUGGCAGAAGCGGGCCCUGAAGCCGCGGCCGAAGGACACGGAGGAAGAAGGCGCCCCGGACCGCCAGCUCUUGGUGGACUUGCCGAGCGCUGGGCUCAUGGGGCGCCGCGCCUGGCUGCAGGCUCAGGCAGGCCGGGUGAGCAGGGGCGGGAAGGUGGCCCAGGGCGCGCCCACGCGGACCCGCUGCGCCAAUGCCCCGGUGGGCCAUUGUGGGGAAGACAGGAUCAUUUAG